AUGUCUAAAAGAGUGAAAUUCCCAUACCACAAAACUUUGUUGCUUAGUAUAGUGAUAUCUAUUAUUGGUUUAGGGUGUAUGCUAGAGGCCAUUAUUGGAUUAACACUUCAUAUCUGGGGAGAUUAUUUUGCUACUGGAGUAUGGUGUGGUGUUAUAAUAUUUACAGCUGGAGUCAGUGGUAUACUAUCAUCAUAUUAUAAAGGUUUCAGGAGCGUUCAGUGCUACUUUAUCUGUUCAGCUUUAGCUACUGUCAUGUCACUUGUGAUGAUAGUAAUGUCUGCUGCCGGAUUAGACUUCAACAGUAACUUUUAUAAAGAUGCUGAUUAUUUCAAACAGUAUAACAAAAAAUCUACAUUUUUUUGUUAUGUUGCUGCCUUAACAUUUUCAUUAUUAGCUUUGAUUGGAAACCUAGCAUCAUUAUUUUUCUGUGUUCAACAUAACAGUUUUUAUCAUCAGAAGAGUAGGAAACAUUCAUCAAGAUCAUCUUUUGGGAGAAGUAAACAAGGAAAUUAUUUACGAGCCAGCACCCAUAGUAGAUCUACUCUCCGCAGCCAUGAUCCGGAUACAAACACAUGUAUAAUCUUAGAACAAACUAUUCACUAUGCAGGGAAUGGACCUCCAAUAGUACGCAAAUCUCAACAGACUUUGGAAAAGAGGGGAGAUAGUUCUUCAAUACCGAAACAUAAGAGAAGAAAGUCUGAUCUUGGAAGAACAAGUGGAAAAACAACGGUUGAUCUGAAUAUCUCGCUUCAAAAUAACAAGAAAGAAUGCAGCAGGACACCAAACCAAAAAUACAGGUCAUUGCCCAGUAGAUCAAAACACCAUCACCCUCCAGGGGCACAAAGUGAGGUAGGACAAACAUUACUACCUACAGCCUUUAAUGAAGAUGAAUUACCUUCAUAUGAUGAUGCCUUAAAAUGUCCACCACCUCAAAAAUAUUGUAAACCUUGGAAUCAAAUAGUAAAUGAUGAUAGCCAGGUGAUGUAUAGACAUUCAGACAUGGGUGCUGUCUACGAGCACUCUCCGAAAGGUGAACAAAAUGAACUGGAUCAAAAUUUACACAAUGAAGGAGUGGAAAUGGAUAUAUCUUCACAGAGAAACAUUGCUAUGAAUGAUCCUCAACCAUCAACUUCUAAAAGUUUGUUACCAGCUCAAAAUAAAUCUUCUUCUCAGUUUUCUGAGGUAGAUCCCAAAAGUGAAAUGCCUGCUUUUGAAGUAAAUAAGAACUUGAAAAGCAGUCGUGCCUUUACGUCACCUAUAUCAAUCGGUUCACCGCAAUCUGCCUUUACACCUGUUAAACGUAGAGCCUCUCAAAGGAUGCAGAAUAUUGACAGUAACCAAGGUUGUGACAUAGAACAGCAAGAUUCAACUGAAGGCUCAUCAUCAAACAAUGCUGAUUCUUUGUGGAAAAAUAUUGUUCUGCCAUCAUUACAUAUGUCAAACAAUAACUGUGAUAAUAGCGGGGUCAAUGAGGUACAAGACUUAAGUAAUAAUACUCACAUGGCUAAUGCUGGCAACUUGUGCAAUGAUCAAGAAGACAAUAUUCAAAGGAAUGAGCCAGCAGGAGGGCAACAAAAUGCUAAUGUACAAAUCAAUAAUCAUAACAUUGAUCAACAUCAACCAUUAUCACCUGUGUUGAACGAAUCGAGGAAUACUGAUACACCUUUUUAUAGUCAGAUAUUAUAA